GUAUUUGCUUUCUAAUAAGAUAAACUAAUAUAGAAACUAGAGACACAGGGCUUUAUGUGUAAUCCCACAUGGAGUUUGGCGGCAUUAGACUGCUGACAGCAGAUGGCUUGUUAGGGUUAAUUCUACCCUCUGUCCUCCUCCACAGUGGUGUAAUGGUGGGGAGUGGCACCGGUAGGAAUUUGUUCACCUGCGACUACAGAGCACCUGGCUACCUUGAACUUCAUCAGAUAAAGGUGUUUUGGUCUCUCCUGAUAAAGAAAAAGCAGCAGGAUGUGGUUAGAUUUCUGGAAGCCAACAAGAUAGAGUUUGAGGAGGUGGACAUCACAAUGUCAGAAGAACAGAGGCAGUGGAUGUACAGAAACAUCCCUGCAGAAAAGAAGCCUGCUCAGGGAAACCCACUGCCACCUCAGAUAUUUAACGGUGACCAAUACUGUGGGGAUUAUGACAGUUUUUUUGAAUCAAAGGAGAGCAACACAGUCCUUUCGUUCUUAGGAUUGAAACCAUGGUCGGCAUCAAACGCAGAAUCCUAGAGGGGAAAACUGGGAGGUGAUGUGACGGAGAUGCAUUUGGAACACCACCUCCUGGUAUCAGCACACACCUGCUUACCUAAUGCAUCACUGUGACGAAAGCCACAUGCACCAUCAGUAACUUUGCUUGCCAUGGAAAAGGUGUUUGGAAGAUGUAGGUGGAAUGGGAAUUGCAUGAUUGCUUUAAACCAAAUCAGGACUGUGUGGGUUUUUUUUUUUCUUCUCAUUUUCAGAUUGCCCUGUAGUUACCCUGCCUGAAACUACUGUUACCUGUUAUAGGUGUGCUUCUUUUAAUACUGAAAUGUAAGCAGGGUACCAUCAGAGAGAAUGCUGGAUCUGCCCCCUGUUGUAGCAGAUGACAGCAGUAUGAUACAAACUCAUUUCUCUGUGGGCUUCCUGGAUCACAUCCUUGACAUUGUCUGCCAUGCUGUUAGAAUCUGAAUGAGAAAGAAAAAAAAUCCAUGUUGAUUGCAAAAGGUCGGCGAAGACUUUCCCUGCGGAACCACAGAUGCCACUUGUGUGGUGCUUUGCCACCACAUCUGUUGAAAGCGCUGUUCCAGACUUGUUUUUGUUAUGUUGGAAACGCUUACCCCCGUGACCCUCCAAACUCCUACACGUGUUUCCAGAAAUCACUGUUGUGAUAUUACAUGAUUGCCACAAGGUCACAGAGAUGAAAAUAAUGGCUAUUUUGGAAAAUAUAUGCUUCUUUAUCUCUUGCAAGGGGAAAAUUUUACCUAAAAACACAAGACUGCUUGAAAGAUAUAUUUUAAGAGGUGCACAAAUUAGAGAGUAAAUUUAUAGGAAAACUGGCAGAUUGGUAUCUGAAGGCAAUUUCUGCUGUAGCAAUUUAUAUGUACAUAAGUGCACAUAUAUUUUUUAAAUGCAGCUCCCCUAACAGCUGCUUGUUCUAUUUUGUGAAGGGAUUCUUUUUUUUUUAUGAGAAAGGAAGAUCCCAGAUAUAUUUUAUGAACCCUUGAUGAAGCAUAUUAAAAGAUACCAAUUAUUGCUGUACAAUUAAAAAUUGUUUCCUAUGUUUUCAUUAUUCUUCUACCUUGCUCGUAUUUUUCUAGUACACAGUCUUGGACUUUUCUGAGUAAUACAGAUACACGUUGUUCUUCCGUAUAAAAGUAGCGUGAAUAUCGGUAGCACUUGUCUGAGGACAGGGCCGUCUAGAAGGUAGCUCUGAAUUGUACUUGACAAGCAGAAUCUCUCCUCCCACUGCAGUGGGUGCUGAUAAACACUGGACCACGUCUGCUUCAUUGGGCAGGGACUACUUUUCUGUGUCCCCACAUUUUUUAGAGUUUGGAAUUACCAAACAUGGGGACAGCCUUGACUAGCAUAAACUCUCCGAGGGUUGACUAUAAUACUCGACUAUUCCAAGCAUCCUGAUGCUAGAGACCUUCUGUUAUGAUCGUGAGAAGGAAAUUUAUGAGAAAAUGAAAGAGGAAAUGAAUUAAAGCCCCCCAUCUCCCACUUCAUGCCUUGCUAGCUGUGGACUAGUCUGUAGAACUUGUUGAAUGCCAGAGCUGAAGCCCCUGAGACUACAGGACUACAAUCAGAAGACCAUGACACAGUUCUUCUCAAACUAGAAUAGAUGCAUGAUCCACAACAUUUUCUCUCCCAGGAAAGUUUUUUUCAGAUUGUGGAUGUUCCUGAUUAGUUGGUGUCAAAGAAAGAUCCAGGUCAAAUUCCAUUUGAUAAAUCCCAGGGACUAUCCAGAAAUUUUAUUUUCCGUAGUGGAUAUUAUGUUUGAGUAUGUGAGUCUUCUGAGAAUACUUAGAAUUUCUUUUUUGGAUGCAGCAAUUUAAAAAAUUGCAAGUUGUAAUUACCCACCUUGCAUUUAUUCUGCUCUUACCGGUGAGUUCCAAGGACCAGUUUGAAAUCUGAUUGAAUCUUUGCAAGUUCUGGGGCCAUAGUAUCAGUACCAACCUUGCUAGACAGAGAGAGUGACCCAGAUUUGUCUUAGUAACUUUUGAAUUAACCACAGUAUACCUGGUAUGAUUAUAUUAAACAUACUAGAUGGAUAGCAGUUCUAACCUACUACAACUUUUAAAUAUCAUCCUCCUACUACAAUUUUUUAUUUUUGGAUCAGCAAAGAAAUACAAGUGAACAGCCUUCAGGGCUUACUGUACUUGUUCUGGUGGGCUGGCACCACGGGGUGGCAUGUCCCAUGGUAGCCAGGCCCCGCGGUCCCACAGUAUCACCCUGUGGGACCACACCGCGGUCUUCCUUGUGUUCUUCUAUCAGCUGGGUUCCAAGCACAAAGUAAUGAUUUUCUUGUUCCCUUUAGCUAGCUACCUUUAUUUAGAUUUUUAUAAUCAUAGUAUUAAAAAACCUAGGGAAGAAGUGGAUUUGCAGGCAUAGAUGUAAUGUCAAGGGCAUUUCCAGGCAGAAUUUUAAUUUUCUGUAGUCAACUUUUGGGGACAAAGGAAGCGUGAUACUAAACAUCUAAUUAUGCCAUUUUAAAAUUAGAUAAAAUAUAGAGUGCCAUCCUGUUAGGUUUAUACAGACAAGAAGAAAAUCAGUUGGGAAAAUUCUUGUUUUUUUCAAAUUCUGGUAUUUUAUUAAAAUCAAAGGGAAGAAAAAGAUAUU